GCGGCAAGUCCCCGGCGGCGGCGGAGGCGGGCGGCCCUGCGCGCUACGCGCUGCUCUUGGCUGCGGCGGGGUCAGCGGGCGACGCGCGGACGGUCGGGCGGACGGGCGAGGACGCGGCUCCGCCUCACUCGGGAGCCAGCAUGGACCAGUGCGCCGACGGUGCCCUCAGCCCCAGGGACCCCUCCAAGGAGCCCGUGGAGCCCCGGCCCAGCCAGAUGCCCCUCCAGGAGGACAUGGACGUGAGCGGCAGCUCAAGCGGGAAUGAAACCAACGAGAACGGCUCGUCGGGGCGAGACUCGCAGGGCAGUGACUGCGAGGACAGCGGCCACGAGCUGGGGAUGCUGGGGGAGCUGCCCGGCGCCUGCCAGGGUCCAGGUGCCUUUAGCCUGAUGAUGGCGAAGUCUGAACACCAACCGUCCACAAGUGGCUGCAGCAGUGAGCAGUCCACCAAAGCAGAUGCUCACCAAGAGCUCAUCAAAACGCUGAAGGAGCUGAAGGUCCACCUCCCCGCGGACAAGAAGGCCAAGGGGAAGGCCAGCACCUUGGCAACCCUCAAGUACGCCCUGAGGAGUGUGAAGCAGGUGAAAGCCAGCGAGGAGUACUAUCAGCUGCUGAUGCCCAGCGAGAACCACCCCUGCAGCGCCCACGUGCCCGCCUACACCGUGGAGGAAGUCGCGCGCGCCACCUCCGAGGUCAUCGGGAAGAACGCGGAUAUGUUUGCUGCGGCUGUGUCCCUGGUGACCGGGAAGAUCCUGUACAUCUCAGACCAAGUGGCCUCCAUCUUCCACGGCAAGCGGGACUCCUUCCACGACACCAAGUUCGUGGAGUUCUUGGCGCCUCACGACGUGAGCGUGUUCCACAGCUCCACCGCACCAUGCAGGCUGCCGCCCUGGAGCGCCCGCGGCCGGGCAGAUUCUCUUACUCAGGAUCGCGUGGAGGAGAAGUCUUUCUUCUGCCGCGUCAGUGUCAGCAAAAGCCACGAGAGCGAGAUCCGCUACCACCCGUUCCGCAUGACACCCUACCUGGCCCAGGUGCGCGACCAGCAGGGUGCCGAGAGCCAGCUGUGCUGCGUGCUGCUGGCGGAGAGGGUGCACUCGGGCUACGAAGCGCCUAGAAUCCCUCCUGAGAAGAGAAUUUUUACGACCACACAUUCGCCAAAUUGUUUGUUCCAGGACGUGGACGAGAGGGCGGUCCCCCUCCUGGGCCACCUGCCGCAGGACCUGAUCGAGACCCCCGUGCUCGUGCAGCUGCACCCCAGCGACAGGCCCCUGAUGCUCGCCAUCCACAAGAAGAUCGUGCAGUCCGGUGGGCAGCCUUUUGACUACUCCCCCAUCCGCUUCCGUGCCCGGAACGGGGAGUACAUCACGCUGGACACCAGCUGGUCCAGCUUUGUCAACCCGUGGAGCAGGAGGGUGUCCUUCAUCAUUGGGAGACACAGGGUCAGAGUGGGGCCUUUGAACGAGGACGUGUUCUGGGCCCGGCCGUGCGUGGAGGAGGAGGAGGAGGCCCUGCGGCCCCGCGUGCAGGAGCUCACGGAGCAGAUCCACCGGCUGCUGCUGCAGCCCGUCCCCCACAGCGGCUCCAGCGGCUACGGGAGCCUGGGCAGCAACGGGUCCCACGAGCGCCUCAGGAGCCAGACCUCCUCCAGCGACAGCACCGGCCAGGAGGACUCCCGCCGGAGGAGAGCCGAGAUUUGUAAAAAUGGUAACAAGGUCAAAAGCAAAAGUCAUUACCCUGGUGAAUCCGGAGAACCAAAGAGCAGGUCUGCUGCAGAAAUGCAAAGCAGUUCCCCGGCUCAGGUGAAAGCUGUCCCGGCUGCAGGAAAGGACAGCUCCGGGGCCAGCCUGCCCGAGGCCGGCCUGCCCGAGGAGCUGGCCUGCAAGAACCCGCCCGCCGGCUCCUACCAGCAGAUCAGCUGCCUGGACAGUGUCAUCAGGUACCUAGAGAGCUGCAGUGAGGCCGCCACCCUGAAGAGGAAGUUCCCGGCACACCUCCCCGCACCGAAGGCCAGUGACAAGCGCAAGGCCACUGGCGGGCCGCAGGCCGCAGAGACGGCAUCGCCCUCCGUGGUGAACAGCCCCGCGGACGGCGGCACGCGCGCGGCCCCGCUGGCGCUGCCCGGCAAGGCGGAGAGCGUGGCGUCGCUCAGCAGCCAGUGCAGCUACAGCAGCACCCUCGUGCACGUGGGCGACAAGAAGCCGCAGCCCGAGCUCGAGAUGGCAGAAGAUGCUGCCAGCGUGCCCGAGUCUCUGGAAUGCCUGGCGGGCCCUGCGCUGCCCUGCGGCCUCGGCCAGGAGAAGGAGCCCUUUAGGAAGCUGGGCCUCACCAAGGAAGUGCUGGCCGCCCACACCCAGAAGGAGGAGCAGAGCUUCCUGCUAAAGUUGAAAGAAAUAAGAAAACUCAAUGUUUUCCAGUCUCGCUGCCAUUAUUACUUACAAGAAAGAUCCAAGGGGCAGUCGAGUGAAAGAGCUGCUCCUGGACUAAGAAAUACCUCUGGAAUAGAGUCAUCUUGGAAAAAAGCUGGGAAGAACAGAAAACUGAAGUCCAAACGGGUCAAGCCUCGAGACUCCUCGGGGAGCACUGGGUCUGGAGGGCCCGUGCCCCAGCGGCCGCCACUGGUGGGCCUGAACGCCACAGCCUGGUCUCCGUCGGACACGUCCCAGUCCAGCUGCCCCGCGAUGCCCUUGCCUGCUCCAGCGCCCGCUUACUCCCUGCCCGUGUUUCCAGCCCCAGGAGUGGUGCCGGCGCUGGGGACCGUGGCAGCAGCGCCCGGGGCUGCCCACGCCGGCUUCCCGGUGCCCGUGGACGCCCAGCACGAGUUUGCGGCCCAGCCGCCGCCGUUCACCAGCCCCUUGGCGCCGGUCAUGGCCUUGGUCUUCCCCAGCUACUCCUUCUCCCCGGUGACCCCGAGCCUGCCCCCUGCCUUCUUCCCUGGCCAGCCGCACCUUCCGUCCGAGGGGAUUCCUGCCUCACAGCCGGAGUUCCCCGGGCGGACCUCACCCCCCAGGCAGCCAUACGUGCGUCCCCGGGCAGAGAGUGGGCUGCCUGCGUCGUGCGUGGCCACCCCGGCCACCCCACCCUCAGCCACGGGGCCGGCGGGCAGGACCUCACCGCCGCUCUUCCAGUCCCGGGGGAGCUCACCCCUGCAGCUCAACCUGCUGCAGCUGGAGGAGGCCCCCGAGGGCAGCUCUGUGGCCGCGGGGACCUUGGCAACUGUGGGGACCGCAGGAUCGGGGCCCGACUGCAAGCCUGGCUUGUCCUGGGACCGGCAGCCCAAGGCACCCCCGACCUGCGGCGAGCCCGUGGAUGCCCAGAACAGCGACGCCCUGUCCUCAUCCAGCGGUCUGCUCCAGCUCCUGCUGCAUGAGGACCUCUGCUCGGCCACGGGCUCUGCCCUUUCUGGGAGCGGGGCCUCUGCCACCUCCUGUUCCCUGGGUUCCGGCUUGCUGGGCUGCGAUGUGUCCAGAAGUGGGACAGGCAGCAGCGACACAAGUCGCACCAGCAAGUAUUUUGGAAGCGUCGACGCGUCAGAGACCAACCACAGAGCGGACGUGAAGGCGGGCGUGCGGGAGAGCGCGCGCCUCCUCACGCGCGUCCGCCAGGACCCCGUCUGGCUGCUCAUGGCUGACCCAGACGACCGCGUCAUGAUGACCUAUCAGCUGCCUCCGCGAAAUGUAGAAAGAGUCCUGCAGGAGGACAGGGAGAAGCUGAAGCUGCUGCAGAGGGUCCAGCCCAGGUUCACGGCUGGGCAGAAGCAGGAGCUGCGUGACGUGCACCCGUGGAUGCGGUCGGGCGGCCUGCCCGCGGCCCUCGACGUGGCGGAAUGUGUUUACUGUGAAAACAAGGGGAAAGACAUUUGUGUGCUGUAUGAGGAAGAUACCGCUACUCUAGGACUCAGUGAAACAGCUGACACCAAAGAAGAGGAAAACGGACCCUCCCUGAGUCGCAGAACCGAGGGGCAGACAUAACCCCCUGCCCAGCGCGGUGGCCAGGGAUGGACAUUAGAUGGCGCUCUGAGGAGAGGCAGGGUCUUCACAUGUGUUUCUAAUGAAAUAGACGGAUAUACUUACAUGGCUUUUUUGUUUUAGAAAAAACCCAUAGUUUUCUGAAGGGGUAAUUUAAAACCGUGGCGGGUAGGAAAAGUUUGGGAAGAAAUAGUUUCUUAUAUUUAUUUAGUUUCUUAUAUUUAAAAUAUAAGUAUGGAGUUUUCAGGGACGGAGGAAGAGAUUUUCAUCGUUGUUUAACUUGAGAAAGACUGCCUCCCUCUUUGUACGUGUCGGGGAAGUGUCCUGGGAUGGCGAUGAGGCCUCUGUCCAGGGCACCCGUGUCCACCGGCUCCCUGUGGGCUGUCCCGAGGCACCACGCCGGGCUGUGACCCACAGCUAGGAUGCCACAGCUGACUCCGCACCGAGGGCCCGGCUUUCCAGAGCUUCCCCAGGGGGUGUGUGGAUCAGAUCAAAUUCUGUCCUCUCUGGGGGGCUGCUUUUUAUCUAAAUUAUUUAGUCAGGCUAGAUGUUUUUGAAACAUACCAAGUGGAGAUCACAGCCUCUGCUAAUUUUCUUUCCAAAUGUUUUGCAUUAAAUGGUGUGAAGCAUAGUUUGGCAGACCAGCAGCUUCAGCUUCAGGUGCGGUAGUGGCAGACAUCUCAUCUGACGGAGCUUACGUUUGGGGUGAACAAAGUUGAGAUGCGCGCUUUGGACUAAAGAAGCCUAGUGGUUUGUGUGGCCCCACCAUAGAAAUACACAUCCUCAGCAAUAGGCAGAGCCUUCUGUGAAUUCCAGCGUCGUUCUCAGAUCCUCCUCAGCCCGGGAGAGCCAGGAUGUCCAUCAAAACACGUCGUCGGUCAUCCCCUUGCCGUGACUUCCCUCUGCAGACCAGGCUUUGAUCGCCACACUGGGGACCCACGCGCAUGGAUGCUUUGAUUGGCACUUCCCAGACCUCAGCGCUGGCCCAGCCAAGCCAGCGCUUCCUCCCGAGCGAGCUGGCAGUGGCCUCUGUGUUUUCCAGGGUGCUGUGAGCUCACCGCUCCCACCGCACCUGGGCUGGGAUACGGUCCCUCCUUCUUUUCAUGAGCCUGACCUCUUUGGUGCAGUUCCAGUCUCUGCGGUGAUGUCCACCAGUGUUGCUGGCACUUUCAGGUGAAUGGGACACUUGGGGAAGAGGGAGACCAGACUGCCCAACUUUUUGCAAAACCUCAUAUUGCAUCAUAUAUCCCAAAGAUUGUUUGGAAAAAUGUUAUAUUGGUCCCUGUAGUGAAUGAGAAGUUGCCAGUGAUGAAGCAGUUGACUUACAAUGGCAUCGAAUCUGUAGAAACUUAACAGGAAGCAGCUUUUCCCCUGUCCUUGGAUGGAGAAGCAGCUACUAGAAUAGGUCUCCUUGUCAUCCAGUUGGUUUUCAUAGUAGAACCAUUUUAUGCCUGAAUAUCAGUCCUAUUUUUCAUAAACUGAAACACAGAAAAAAAAUUUUUUUUAAUUUACAAAGCAGCAUCACCCGCAGAUACCCAAGACGAGGUGUGGUCUGUGCGUUUGUGUGGAGAUUAGAUGCUACAAACUGCUUCCUGCCUCUAAAGUCAGAGCAUUAAGGGAUUAGACGAGAGUCCAGGUCGCAUUGACUUUACCUAAACCCAAGACUGCCAGCACAUUCUCUACUGUUAGAGAUGUUUACCAUCAGCAUUAUCUUACUAUUAAUGUAUAUUCAUUGAUUGUUAACUGCUGUGUAGCUUCAAUGUGGGCUAAGUUGACAGUAGGAGCAUUUUGUGAAAUUGUUUACACGGUGCCACGCAUCGGGUCUUACGUUUUCUUUAGUAUGUGUGCUUACCCGGGUGUUAUAAAGAACUUCUCGAUUUUAAACUGAGCCUUCUUUUUAAUAUAUUCCUAGAAAGAUAUGUAAAUAAGCUCUCAGAGUCUGUGUAACAACGUGUUAAGCCUUGCCGGACAAGUGGUUUGUUUAUGUGCAAACCAGACUUUCUUCACCCAGUGCAAUAUGUUUGUUGGACUGCUUGUGUCUUUUUAUGACUUUUUUGCCUUUUAGAAAAUUGGUAAAUAAAGCAAGUA